GUGCAUGGCGGCGCUGGCCAGCUCCUUGAUCCGACAGAAACGGGAGAUACGGGACCCCGUCGCCAGCCGCCCUGUGGCCCCCCAGCGGAAAGUUUGUCCCCGCGGCACCAAAUCCCUCUGCCAGAAGCAGCUGCUCAUUUUAAUCUCCAAGGUCCGACUCUGCGGCGGGCGGAAGGGACGGCUGGAAAAAACACCUGAGCCGCAGCUGAAGGGGAUCGUGACCAAACUCCUCUGCCGACACGGUUUCUACCUCUGCAUGCACCCAGAUGGCAGCAUCGAUGGGACAAAAGAAGAUACCAACAACUUCACUCUCUUUAACCUGAUCCCUGUUGGACUGCGUGUGGUCGCCAUCCAGGGCACCAAGUCGGGGCAGUACAUCGCCAUGAAUGCAGAGGGCUACCUCUAUACCUCCGCUCACUUCACUGCCGAGUGCCGGUUCAAGGAGUGCGUCUUCGAGAACUACUAUGUCAUGUAUUCCUCCACCCUGUACCGCCAGCGUGAGUCUGGACGGUCCUGGUACUUGGGCAUCAACAAAGAGGGCCAGGUCAUGAAGGGAAACCGAGUCAAGAAAACCAAAGCUGCUGCCCACUUCGUGCCCAAGCUAUUGGAAGUGGCCAUGUACCGCGAGCCAUCACUCCACAACGUGGUGGAACCCUCAGCAGCCAGGAAGCCAGAC